AUGAGUUCUAUCCAUCCACCGGCAGUUGGUUCAGUCGUUAGCAACUUUCCCUCGGCGACAUCCGUCACUACGAGGCAAUUAAACAACUAUGAGAACGUGGAGGGGGUGGGGUGGGGGGGGGUCGCAAUCAGAAUUUGUGACGUCACUCGAAUAUUGGAUCCUAAAGGAAUAUCUGGAGUGCGCUCGACCGGAACGGAACACGGGACACUAUAUCCGGUUCACUCCCAGUUGGUGGACAUCUCUCCUCGCGAGGCUGUACGUCGUGUGGGUGACGAGCUGACGGUCCUCUGCAAGGUCCCGUACCCCAUAGACUCGUGCCGCGUGACGGUAGGCUCGACGUCGUACCGACUGCUCCCUGAGAACCAGGAUGAGGACGUGUCUUACUCCGGGCAGGGUCUGCGGGCGGGCGAGUGUGGCGCACACAUACGAAGCGUGAGGGAGGAGUGGAACGGGAACAUCUCGUGCACGCUGCCGCCGCAGACGGGCAGCAUCGAGCUCAGCGCGCACAUGAGGCUGCUCGUGGCCAAGGCGCCCGGAGCUCCUCAGCUGGUGUCCGCUCCUCAGCCGACCUUCCGUGAGGGGGACGUGUUCGUGGCGCAGUGUGUAGUACCGGACGGACGACCCGCCGCUAAGAUUACCUGGUACUUUGACGAGGUGCAGCUGCUGGCGGGCGUCCACCAGCCGGUAGUGACGUCACGUCCGGGCUCCGACCUCACCAGCAUCGCACAGAACGUGUCCCGCACACUCAGCGCCGACGACAACGGGAAGAAACUGGUGUGCAGGGCGGAGCACGAGGCGCUUGACACGCCGCGGGAGGUGGCGCGGCAGCUGGUCGUCAACUAUCCUCCCAAGCGUCUGGAGGCGGGCCCCAUCACUAUCUUCGGUCUCAAACUUGGUUCCGAGGGUCGACUGAACGUGACGGUGAGAGCGUCGCCCGCACCCCGGGCUCAGUGGACGCUGGGGGAGGUGGUGUUGGACCCGCCGAGGACUGUGGAGGGGGUGACCGCCGUGGAGCCCGCGGCGCUGGGGGGCGGCUACUACAACAUGACGCUCGUGAUGGACACGGUCAGCAAGGACGACGUGGCGCGCACCAUAGGCCUGCGGGUCACCAACGAGCUGGGCCAGGAGGACUUCAUAGUGAGGCUCAGCACCAUGGACGAACCACCAGGUGUGGAGCUGGGCGUGGGCGGUAUCGUGGGCGUGGUGGUGGGCGCGCUGCUGCUCGUGAUCGUGGCCGCGCUGCUCGUGUUCGCUCGCGCCACGGACCGCUGGUGUUUCGCCGAGCGAGUCCUCCGCGACGCCGACUCGGAGGCGCCGCUCCCUCCGCGCGAUGACGUCACGGGGGCCGAGAACCCCAGCCACGACUACGGGGACAAGACCGCCGACAAGAAACCCGACACGGCCGUCUAA